AUUAAUCUGUUGAUUUUCAUGCAAAUUCUCAAAGUGAUCCUGGCUAAGUUACGGGCUAGUCAGAAGGACUACACAGAUUAUAAAUUGCGGUUAGCCAAGGCCACCCUCACCCUCAUCCCCCUCUUUGGGAUCCAUGAAGUGGUCUUCAUCUUUGCCACAGAUGAGCAAACCACGGGAAUCCUGCGCUACAUCAAAGUUUUCGUCACACUUUUCCUCAACUCCUUUCAGGGGUUCCUGGUGGCUGUUCUCUACUGCUUUGCCAAUAAGGAGGUGAAAUCUGAAAUGAAGAAGAAAUGGCAGUUGUGGAAAUUGGACCAUCCAGCGGUUAGCUACAGUCAGUGAAGGGGAUGAUAUGGGAUUUGGUAUAUAUCAUACAGCAAGAAUGUGCAGAAGCUGUUCAGAUAGACCUUGGAACUGCUCCGAUUGGAUUGUUGCUGCUGUUUAAGGCAACAAUGACCUAUUCUGGAAUGACGCUGUUUGACGGAUUGCUAUCUUCACUCUCUUGAGGGCAAAGUCUGGGGAAAGAUGCUUGAAGAUGAGGAGGAAGUUCUGAAGAACAUGGUGGGAGAACUGUCGGGAACCAACAGCAAAAGGAACCUUGGAAGCUCUUCAAACAGCAUUGCAUGCAUGUAUCAUGGACCUUAAUUUGCUCAGGAUUCAACUUUUAUUGGUCAGACUUGAGGGCCUUAAUGCUCUCCAGGCACAAACGUAUUGCGUUCUGCUCUUAUGCCUUUCAUAUAGCAAGAUGUGGCAGCCCUCGGAGGUGAAAGGAGAGAUCUUCAUUUUCGCUUCCGAACAUCCUGGACCAAAGGGGAGGAAUCCAGAAGAACUUUUCAUCAACUGAUGACACAUCUUGCUCCCUACUCAAGCAAUGGCCAACUUACCACUUAUCUAGCUCUAUCUUGGGAACUUCCCUAAUAUCUACACCGAGGUUCAGUGCCGAUACCACAUAACAGGGAGAUGGUAUGAAAAAAACAUUAAGGACUUUUUGGUGAUUUGCAAGCUCAACAUUUAUCUCCAAUUUUUUCUUCUUUUUAUACAGAUAACUGGAAUCAUAAUUGCUGAAAGAAGCACGUUUAGCCUCAGCU